AUGUUCUCGGGGUUUAAUCCUAUUUCUGCUGGGUUUACAAAUGUCCCACAAGUAUUUGAAGAGUUUUUCAGAUGUUAUCCCAUCGCAAUAAUGAACGAUAGGAUCAGAAAGGAUGAGGCUAAUUUUGGUGGUAAAAUCUUUCUUCCACCAAGUGCUUUAAACAAAUUAUCUAUGUUAAAUAUAAGGUAUCCAAUGCUUUUCAAAUUAGAGGCAAACGAAAAUGGGAUGGUCACACAUGGUGGUGUCUUAGAAUUCAUCGCUGAGGAAGGUAGAGCAUAUUUGCCACAAUGGAUGCUUGAGACUUUGAACGUUCAACCAGGUUCUUUAUUGAAAAUCACAUCUACUGAUGUUCCAUUGGGUCAAUUUGUCAAGUUGGAACCACAAUCAGUUGACUUUUUAGAUAUUUCAGACCCAAAGGCUGUGUUGGAGAACGUUUUACGUAAUUUCUCCACUUUAAGUGUAGAUGAUAUCGUCGAAAUAAGUUAUAACAACAAGACAUACAAGAUCAAGAUUCUAGAGGUUAAGCCAGAAUCACAAGCAAAGAGUAUCUGUGUUAUAGAGACAGAUUUAGUAACAGAUUUUGCUCCUCCGGUCGGUUACGUAGAACCUGAUUAUGAAGCAUUGAGACAACAAAAGGAAGAAGAAGAAAGACAAAGAAAGGCUAGUCGAAAGUUUGAUCCCGCCACUGUCGCACAAGGUUCAAUGUCAACAAGAAUCAACUAUACAGAUAAAUUGAAUAGUACCAAGGAAACAUCUGCAUUUGCUGGAGAAGGACAAAAGUUAUCAGGUAAAUCCACUAAAAAAUACGUUGACAUCAAAGAGAUAAAUAUUUCAUUGGAUGGAACACCUGCUAGGCUUGAUCUUCCUGACGGUCAAUUAUUUUUUGGUUUCCCCAUUGUCCUACCGAAAUCCGAUGAUCAGAAAGAUCAAGAGUCCAAACCUGAUAGCUUUCAUGGACAAGGUCAGUCUUUGAGAAAAACUGCCAAAAGAAAGGUAAAUAAAGAUCACACUACAGCUAAAUCAAAGACUCCUAGAAGUCCUGAGGUGAUUGAAAUCGAUUAG